UUUUAGGUUUGAUUUAAAAUGGUUGAAGGAAAACCGACUGAAAGAGAAAAUAAGAAGGAAGUGAAGAGACGACGUGAGUCGAGCAGUAGUUCUUCUUCGGAUAGCUCGUCUGAUUCAUCCGAAAGUUCAUCUUUCAGCGAUUCUUCUUCGACGUCACGCUCCGGCACGACAACAAGUUCGGAAUCUUCCAGAUCCCCUACUCCCAGAAAAACAGCCAAAGACAGAGCACGAAGUCCAGCACGGCGUUCGCGUUCACCUCGAACUGCUGCACGAGCAGAACGUAGUGAAAAGGCGGUCAUCGCAUCUUCCCGUCGAUCACCGACUCCGGAACGACGCCGACGACGUUCAUCGCCAUCUCCAAAACGGCGACCAUCACCGUCACCUAAGAGACGAGAUCGAAGUGGUAGCAGAGAUAGACGCAACCGUUCGCGUUCGCGUGAGCGUAAGGCAAGUCCAGCCCGCAAAGUAACGCCACUACCUCGUCGUCUGUGUGUGCGUAAUUUGAGCCGCAAUGUUACAAAGGAACACUUGUCGGAAAUCUUUAGCGUCUAUGGAACUUUAAGAACCUGUGAAUUACCUAUGGAUCGGCAACAUACACAUCUUGGCAGAGGUUAUGGGUAUGUAGAAUUCGAACAACCGGAAGAUGCCGAGAAAGCGUUGAAACAUAUGGACGGUGGACAGAUCGAUGGCCAGGAAGUCACUUGCGAACUAACACAUCCACCUCGUUCCACGCUGAAUGGAAGUGGAAGACGCCCGCUCUCACCACUUCGAUUCCGUGGCCUGUCACCACGCAGAUACCGCAGUCCACCCCGUGCGCACGGGACCGGCGGAAAUAUGGUUCCACUGGGUCCAAGUCGCUUCAAUCGAUCUCGAAGCCGUAGUCCACGACGCCGACGCAGUCGCUCUUAAAUGGCUUAUUAUUUUUUGUUCUUGUUCCGUUGUUUUUCUACAUUCAUCAACAAAAAAAAAGUGAGAAUCACUGAGGAAGAUUUUUAUGCAUUUCCGUAGCAAAACCUUAAGCAUGUCUAACGUGAGCUGUAACCUGGAAACUUAGCAGUUUAUAUUUCGAACCUGCAAUGUGAUAACGGCUUUGCAAGCUUCUAUUAUAUUAAUAAAAAAAACAGAAAAAAAACAAAACAGAAAAAAAAACAACUCUCUUAAACGACUUUUGCAAUCUA